AUGGGUGUGGAUACUACAAUAUUGAAAUUAAACAAGCUUGCAGUCGAACAUCUCCGAAACGACAAUUAUGAUCUCUCCCUCGAUCUUUUAAAGAAAGCUGAAGUCCUUGUAAAUUCUUCAAAAUCUGAGAACUUAACUAAGCUCAAAGGAAUCACCCUCAACAAUCUUGGCUGUUUUUAUAAAAGAGUUGGAAAAUUCCACCCAGCUUUACAUUACUUCAAUAAAGCUUUAGAAAUUGAAAUCGAAAGCCCAAAUGACUUGAUAAAUUAUGCAGGCUGCCAUUUAAAUAUAUGUGCAAUAAGAUCGCAAGUUGGAGAACAUGAAAAAGCACUUUCACAUGCCAUGAAAGCGCUAAAUAUAUUAAACUUGCAUUUUGAGACCAAUCCAAACCUGAUAACAAGCUUGGCAAUCGCAUAUCAUAAUGCAGGAAUUGAAUUUGGGUGUUUAGUAAGAAAUGGCUGCGGCUGAAUAAGUUCCUCUCAGGACUUUUCCUUAUUUCACAUAUUUAUUAUAGUGCUCAUUUAUUGUGCACCUUUAUCCAGCUAUACCAGAAAUACCCUAAUGCAUAUGCGCCACCAAACUACAAACUCCCUCAACCUCCAGCAGGGCUCGGAGUAUGGAUGAGCUGUGUUUACCUCCUCCGUAGCCUGUUUGAGCUGUAUCACUGGCUUAGUAAUGCUCCCAUGGAAUGUUAAAGGGGAUUGCACUGUAGGCACAUCUGCAAGCUAGAAAAAACCCUUGAUCAAAAAACACCCCCAUGAGAACUAUCGCCAUGUUUCUCCUCUCCUCUGGGUCCAUAUUAACUCUCUGAACACAAGAGUCCACGUUAGAUUAAGCAAUUUAAUAAUUCUUCAGCUGAAAAAGAUAGCACGUUAAGCUCUAAGUUAGCAUAAGAUAUAGGAAUUUGGAUAUUUAAAUCAGCCAGAUGAGGCAAUGAAAUUUUAUAAGAAAGGUUACGACAUAGCAGUUGCGAAACUUGGAAAAAAUAACCAGAUUACAAUAAGCUUGAAAAAAGGGCUUGAAAAGAGCAUUACUACAAUCCCUGAUAUAAGUUUGAGGGCUUCUCACAAAAACCGUACAAAUUUUGACACAAAUAAUUUUAAGAAAUCCAAGAAAAAAGGACCAUCAUCUCUUCCACCUUCUCAUAAUAGAGAAAAUUUGCCGCUUUUGAAUGAUUCUUUUUCUACUCCAAAAUAUAUGCUAAGCUCUAAUAAAGAAAAUCCUAGAUUUUAUACAGGAGAUCGACUACAACCAAUGCAUAAGAUUCUUGAACCAUCAUAUAAAUUACAGUUAAUUAAUCCAAUGACAAAGACUGAAAAAAGAAAAAAAGCAGCAAGCAGGCAAGAGUAUACAGCUUUGAUAAAAGAAUUAGAUGGAACAUACCGCACUAAGACUCCUGGGCGGACUUUAAAGCCAAUUACCCCUGGAUCUAUUAAUAAUUCUGUCUACACUAAUCAAAGCAUUCAAGUUGAUAUGUUUAACAAACCAAAAACACCACUAAGACAAUACAAAACAAGUGCAGCCAUAAUAAUCCAAAAACAUUGAAGAGGGUUUAUGACUAGAAAAAAAUAUCAAAUGUCUCUUUGCAAAGAGAAAAUAAAAAAAGCUGAAGAAAAAGCAAAAGCUGCUAUUCUUGAGCUUGAAAAACUACAAACCCAAAAGAAAAAAUUAUUUCUAACUCCUAGCCGUGAACGAACAAAAAAAUUUUGCUUUGCUCAUAAAAGGUUAAUUUAUAUUUUUAAAUUUUAUAGUAAUAUUUUUUACGAAAUUUAAAAAAAUCCCAAAUAGCAAAAAUUGGAAAGCAAAUAUUUAUUUAAUUGUAAAAUUUAUGUUUUAAAAUGCAUUUUGUUCAAAAUUAAACAGAAUUAGUGAAAGAUUUCAUUAUACUACUUAUCACUUAUAUAUUCAAACUUUUUUUCAUAAAAAAUGUUUAUAUUAAAACAAUUUUUGUUCGCUUACGGAGGUGGAGGAAAGCAAUAUUUCAAAGCAUCAGCCCAGCCUAUCCAAAUUAAAAAAUUUGACAGAAACAUCCAUGAAAAUAUUAUGUUUAACCAUAAAGUAAAAGGUAAAAAUAUCAAAAAAGACUGUAUAAUAAUAAUUCAAUCACAUAUCAGAAGAUGGCUCGUUCAGAAUCGGUAUAAGAAAUUUAAAGCAGCAAGGAGAAUACAGAAAUUUGUCAGAGGAUUCUUGACUAGAAAAAUAUAUAAGCACAUUUAUUCAGCAAUUUUGUUAAUACAAAGAUUCUAUAGAAACUAUAAGAAAUUAAUGUAA